AUGGGUCUCUGUCUCCCCUCCCUCCACGUGAAGUAGACCAGGGGCGGCCGGCUUUCCACGCACCCCCUCGUCAGCCUUCCCGCCUCCUAGCACCACAGAGAGAAACAGUCAGACAGAUAGAGAGAUAGAGAGAGAAAGAGAAGGUCGACCCGUGAGGAGGGGGGGAGAAAGGGGGUGGUGGCGAGCUCCCCGCGCCAUCUUCCUGCACAGGAAGCUAAAGGCCAAUGGAGCGUCACGGGGGAUUCCCAAGAGCCGCCACCAACCUCCCCCACCGCCACCUCCGGGCGCCACCAAUCCCCACCCCCGCGCCUCCGCCGACCGGCUGGGAGCUCCGAGACAAAGAGGAUAAGAAAAAAAAACGAGCAUGGCUGGCUUUUGAGAGCAAAUUCUGAGCCUAUCUUGCCCAGAGAGAGAGAGAGAGAGAGAGGGAAGAGAGAGAGAGAGUGAGAGAGAGAGAGAGAGAUAGGAGGGCUGUCUGGGCUCUGUGAGAAGGACGGGAGGGAUGAGGUGCACUUUUUCCUGGGAGGAAGGGGACGGAUGAUGGAGAAGUCAUUCUGGGAAUGAAUGCCGCGCAUUCGAGAGGCUCAUGAGAAAAGAGUAUGGGGGAGGAGGUGACCUUUUUCCACCCCCCAACAUCCAACUGCUCUGCGGCUCAUUUGACAGGGACAGCCAGACCAAUAUGCGCUCGACGCGUGGCAAGGAAGCCAGUCACUUAGCGGGGCUCGCUUUCUCUCUGGCCACGUGGCAGGCCAAAUAACCGCCCCCUCCUCGCCGCUUAAAAGUCUCCCUCCCUCCUUCCCCUGCAGAACUCCGACGUAGUGAGAGAGUGAGAGAGAGGACUUACUGGCAGUGAGGAGGUUCUCGCCGGCGGUGUCGACGGAGGGGAGGAUGGGAAUGUUGCAGAGAGUCGUCUCCGUCUGGGCGGUUGCCACAGCGCUGUGGCUGGGAGCUCGGGGAGGCGACGGGAGGAGGCAUUUCCACAAGAAGCAGAGGGAAGGGCACGCGGACGGCAGCGGCGGCGACGGCGUCGGCGCGGAUUCCAUCUCGACGCCUCCGGCGAACUCGCCAGCGCAGCCGAUAGUCCCGAGUGAUCCCUACGAUCCAGGCUCCGACGGCCCUUGCAUCUUCGACGUGACGUCGUACGGCGCCGCCGGGGACGGUUCCACGGACGACACGGCGGCGUUCCAGGCGGCGUGGAAGGCGGCCUGCGCGGCGGAGGACGCCGUCCUUCUCGUCCCUUCCGAUUCCGUCUUCAUGAUCCGCUCCACGAUCUUCUCCGGUCCCUGCCAGCCAGGCCUCGUGUUCCAGGUGAGAUUUGCGGCUGCAGCUGGCGAUAGCGGCGGUGGAUCGAGCUCUCCCGCGUCCUGAUCCUGAAACAUGA